GAUUUUCAUAGCAUUGUUAUUUUUAUUGAGUUUUGUGUUUAUUUCCAUAUUUUUGUGCUUUAGUUUUGUGUUAUUUUAGUUUAAAUAGGUGCAAAUAAAUAAUUUCACAAGUUUUGAAACCCAGAAAUGGUAGAUCGACGUUGUACAGAUGUCUCGACGUAUGCGCCAACCCUCAAGCAGGCGUCCACCAUCCGCGUCAGCGUCGCAAGUUAAUCCUUAUCAGAGCACCACAAUACCAAUUGGCAACGGUUACCACCAGACCCCGCAUUACCAGGAUUACGCCAGACAAUCCACAGCGUGUCGAAACGGAUGCCUGAAACCAACGACCACAAUAGACAUCGGUUACAGCGAUGAAACGACAGACACUCAAAGUUACUUCGACUACUACCAGGACAACGGGUUCCAGCACAGUCCGUUAAAGGAGUCACGGAACACCGAUUGCACAUUUUCAGACGACAGCGGCUCGACAAGACUUCCUUAUUAUGAUUUCGAUGACGAGACUAACAAACGGUACUCCCGGAACGCCUUCUCAGAGCGUAGCCUCCGAAAACCGCACACCGGACACCCGAAAGACCACCGGAAGGUUUAUCCCAAUCAGGACACGGGAUGGGACCGGCUGUAUCAAGAGAUUCCUUCUCCGGUUGAAAGUGUCCCUGUAACCGGCGUAAGAAGGCAACCAUUGUCACGGACGUCAGACCGCCCGCAAAGUUCCCUCAGUUCCGGUAUUACCAAUGCUGGUGUCUACGGUUGUGGCGGUAAAUGCCAGACGUUCGAAAACGUCUGUUACUUCUUCCUGCAGCUGGUUUUUUCUAUGGGAAUCCUGAUAGGAGUGUCUCUUUGCAUCGCCGGGGUGGUGCUGAGGGAAUCGGCGGCCCGCAAAUUGCAAGUCCUGGUGUACAUAGGCGUGUUAUUGGCAUUGGUGAGCGCGCUGCUGCUGAGCAUACAGUGCAACGCGCGGAACACCGCCAAGAAACGAAAGACGGCCAUUCAGAACGCGAAACGUGCUCCGAUUCCAAUGGACACGUUGCAGACGAGGGCUGUCGUUCAGGUUCAACAUGAGCCGCUCAUGGUGGUUAGUGACGGAGCAAAACAUACGCAUAGGAUAGUACAAUUACCGCAAGUGCACACGCUCAGAUCUUCAGGACCUGAACCUGGUUCUUCGUUUGAAGAACAAGGUAUACCAUGGUGGAGAAGACGGGAUUUGAAUCCGAGGUGAUUUGUGAAGGAAUUUAUUAAUUUGCUGUUUAUUAUGUUGUAAAAAAUAGAUAAUUAUCAUUUGUUACCUGACAGUUGUAUAUAAGUUUUAAUUGUGAUUAAUCGCAUGUUCAACAGAAUUAUUUUAGAUAUGUAAUAUGAUAUUUUAAACAAGAAAAAAGACUGACUUUUUGUCAUUCGA